CAAAUAUUGGAGUUUAAAAUUCUCAAAAGUUGAUUUAAGGCCGAUUAAAAUUGUUGGUUUACCGCCCGCCUUGGCAACACUCCCUUAAUCCCUGUCUCUUCUCCUUGUGUCGCUCAGUACUUCAUCUUGGCUUCCAUUUUCGAAGCUUCAGAGAAAUUUGAAUACUCUGCUUCUUUACGACGAUGAAUUGCUCAAUCUCCGGUGAAGUGCCGGAAGAGCCUACUGUGUCCAUUAAAUCUGGACUUUUCUUCGAGAAGCGUCUCAUCAGCCGUCACAUUUCGGAUUAUGGAAAAUGUCCUAUUACAGGAGAACCAUUAAGUUUAGAUGAUAUUGUUGAAGUUAAAGCAGGAAAGAUAGUGAAGCCUAGACCUGUUCAGGCGGCUAGUAUUCCUGGAAUGAUUGGCAUGUUCCAAAAUGAAUGGGAUAGUCUCAUGCUCUCCAAUUUUGCUUUGGAGCAACAAUUACAUAAAGCCAGGCAAGAACUAAGCCAUGCUCUGUACCAGCAUGAUGCUGCUUGCCGUGUAAUUGCAAGGCUAAAGAAGGAAAGAGACGAGGCAAUGUCACUACUGGCUCAGGCAGAAAGGCAGAUACCUAUAUCAGGAGCAGCAGGCAAUGCAUUACAUCCACCUGCUUUGAGUAAUGGAAAACGAGGUCCAGAGGAAGAGGAUCUGGACCAUGGUGGAAAGAAAGCCCGAGUAGGAAUUUCUGCUGAUAUCAUUGCUGAGAUGACUGAAUGCAACUUAGAACUUUCACAGCAGCGUAAAAAACGAACGGUACCUCCAACCUUGGCUCCUAUUGCAGAUUUGGAGCUCUACACCCAGAUUUCUAGCUAUCCCCUUCAUAAGACCAGUAAACCUGGCAUUCUAUCUGUUGAUAUCAAUUACUCUAAGGAUAUUAUUGCCACCGCAGGGAUCGAUACAAAUGCUAUUGUCUUUGAUCGACCUUCUGGACAAAUUGUCUCUACUCUUAGCGGUCACUCAAAGAAGGUUACAAGUGUCAAAAUUGUUCAGCAAGAUGAAAGUUUAAUUAUAACCGGAUCAGCGGACAAGACUGUAAGAUUAUGGCAAGGGUCAGAGCAUGGGAAUUAUGGUUGCAGGCAUGUUUUAAGAGACCACACAGCAGAGGUGCAAGCUGUUACAGUUCAUGCAACAAACAAAUUCUUUGUAACUGCUUCCCUUGAUAAUUCAUGGUGUUUCUAUGAUCUUGCAAGUGGCCUUUGUCUUCAACAGGUUUUAGACUCUUCAGGAUCUGAGGGGUAUACAUCUGCAGCUUUUCAUCCCGAUGGUCUAAUCCUUGGAACAGGAACAACAGGUGCAGUUGCUAAGAUUUGGGAUGUUAAGACUCAGAAUAGUGUUGCUCAAUUUGACGGGCAUACCGGCCCUGUCACAGCAAUGUGUUUCUCAGAAAAUGGCUACUUUCUUGCAACUGCAGCUCACGAUGGAGUCAAGCUUUGGGAUCUGCGUAAACUGAAAAAUUUCCGGUCGUUCCCUUCUCCUGACCCAGACACACCUACCAAUUAUGUUGAUUUUGAUCAUAGUGGGAGUUACCUUGCUGUUGCGAGCUCAGAUAUAAGAGUGUACCAAGUUGCAAGUGUCAAGGCAGAAUGGAAUUGUCUCAAGACCCUACCUGAUUUAUCUGGCACAGGGAAAGCAACCACUGUAAAGUUUGGUCCAGAUGCAAAAUAUAUAGCAGUGGGAUCAUUGGAUCGGAACCUUCGGAUAUUUGGCUUGCCAGGGGAAGAUGGUGCGCCAGAAUCUUGAAGUACUGGUGGGUUGCGAAUCCUGGAACUUUAUCAGCUGUAGCUAUAUGCAGUUUUCGGGGGCUUGAGUGAUCCCCAGUUAGUAGAUGUAUUCUAUUUCUUUCUCGCCUGUACUAAACGUUCAAAGUGAGGCUGAUUUAACCAAUGCUAGUUUUGACUUUGAGGUUGAGUCAAAUACUAGUAUAAGACAUAGAGAGACUACUAAUUUUUUGUCAUAUUUCGUUAGAAAAUUAGUAUAUUGUACGAUACCUAAUGAGCCGAUAUGACAAAUCGUUUUUGCAUAUUGCAAUUAGUCUAUCUAAAGUGAUUUGUAGUGGCCAGAUAUUACCUUUCCCCUCUCAAGAGCUAAGAUGACUUGUAUUCAUUUUUAUAGAAAUAUAUAUUUUGGUGAUCUUGUUUAAUGGUAUUCGUUUGAAA